GAACAUACAGUACGGCUCUGAGGUCCAGCUGUCUGAGACCUGCUGAGAUGUUUGUUGUCUGAAGCUCUGCUGGAGGAACUCCUCCAUGGAAGAACUCAGCAAGAAGCAAAGUCAGGAAAACAAACAGGUCUGACCCUGGUUGGGGUGAAGGAGCGCCAGGAGUCCAGGCUCUGCGUCCUCUGGAGACGGAUCUGGGGGAGUUCCUCCUGCUCAUAGAGGCAGACGGAUUAUCAGAGCUGGUUGUGUUUGAUCGAAGGUUAACUUUCAGGAGACUCAUUGAUCCGGAGCAGACUGGAGUCCUUUGGGUUCAGGAACAAGACCUGGUUCUCUUCUUGCAAUCAUUAACGUCCCUGGGUCCGUCCUCUGCCCACACUCCGUCCAUCCGUCCACUCUGCCCCGUGUCCAGAGCUCCGCCAGUCUCCUGCUCUGGGAUCCUGAACUCUCCAGAAGACUCCUGUCCUCCUCCUGUCCUCCUCCUUCUCCUCGCCAACAUGGGCUUCACGGACCUGCUCGAAGAGGUGGGCGGCUUUGGCAGGUACCAGUGGAUCCAUGUGACCCUGAUCAGUUUACCGGGUCUGCUGAUGGCGAGUCAGAACCUGCUGAACAACUUUGUCUCAGGAAUCCCAGCCCAUCACUGCAACCCGCCGACCAAUCAGAGCCUGCGAGACCUGGCUCUCACCUACCAGGUGGAUGAGCAGCAGCUCCUGAAAGUCUUCAUUCCUCCGGAUCCUUCAGGAAAUAGACUGGACCGCUGCAGGAGGUAUGUGGAGCCUCAGUGGCACCUGUUGCACCUGAACGGCUCUCUGAACGCCAGCCAGCUGCAGACCGAAGGAUGUGUGGAUGGAUGGAGCUUCGACCAAUCAGAGUUUUCCUCCACCACCGUCUCCGAGUGGGACCUGGUGUGCUCUCUGCGUCCUCUAAAGCAGAUGAUCCAGACCAUCUACAUGGGUGGAGUUCUAACAGGAGCCAUCAUCUUUGGUGGCCUGUCAGACAGGUUUGGGAGGAAGUCUGUCCUUAUAUGGUCAUAUCUACAACUGGCUGUGCUGGGCUGUAGCUCCGCCCUCUCUCCGUCAUACACCGCCUACUGCAUCUUCAGGUUUCUGAGCGGGAUGGCCGUGUCCGGGAUCAUCCUCAAUGGAGUCUCCCUCAAGGUGGAGUGGAUCCCCACUAAAACACGGACACUAGUGGGCACGCUCACUUCCUUCUUCUUCACCUUUGGUCAGAUGAUCUUGGCCGGCCUUGCCUAUUGGCUGAGAGACUGGAGGAAGCUUCAGCUGGUUGUCUGCGCGCCUCAGUUCAUAUUCUUUGCCUACAGCUGGUGGUAUGCAGAGUCCGCUCGUUGGCUGGUGCUGAACCGGCGCUCAGAGAAGGCCUUAAAGACUCUCCACAGAGUCGCUCGGAUCAAUCGCAGGCCAGAGAUCACCGACAAACUGACCUUAGAGGUACUUCACUCUCACAUGAGUAAAGAGAUCGAGUCGAGUCGUUCGUCGUUUACAGCCUUCGAUCUGCUGAAGACCAGACGAAUAAGACGCAUCUCCAUCUGUCUGAUCGCCGUCUGGUUCUCCACCAGUUUUGCUUACUAUGGUUUGGCAAUGGACCUGCAGAAGUUCGGAGUGAGUAUUUACCUGAUGCAGAUCAUCUUUGGAGCUGUAGAUAUUCCUGCAAAGUUCUUUGCUCUGGGCCUGCUCAGUUACCUGGGGAGGCGGGUAUCUCAGGUGUCGUGUCUGUUCCUGUCAGCUGUCAUCAUCUUUGCCAACAUCUUUGUCCCUACAGACAUGCAGAACCUCCGGACCACCCUGGCCUGCCUGGGUAAAGCCUUUACCUCGGCCUCUUUCACCACCGUCUACCUGUACACCGGAGAGCUUUAUCCCACCGUCAUCAGGCAGACGGGAAUGGGCUUCGUCUCCACCAUGGCAAGAAUUGGCAGCAUGGCGGCUCCUGCUGUCCUCAUCCUGGACGAGGUGUUUCCUGCACUGCCCAGUGUGGUCUACGGGGGCGCUGCAGUGCUGGCUAGUGGCUUUGCCUGUUUCCUGCCAGAGACGCUCAACAAGCCGCUGCCCGACACCAUCGAAGAUGUGGAGCAAAUCAGGUCUGGAAGAAGCUCCCCCUCCCACCUGAAAGAGGGCGUGUCUCUGAAGGAAGGUGUGGCGUCUCCUGAUGACUGGGGUGUGGUCAUCAAGGAAGGAGAAGCAGUAAAAGGAAUCAACGAUAGAGAAGGGAGUGGCCUCAAUGCCCUCUGACCAAUCAGAGGACACCGCAUCACAGGGUCAGGACCAGUGAGCGCUGAACAUCGUCCAAUCAGCCGCACUGAGAAAGGUUUUAUCUGUAAUCAAUAAACUGGUGAUUGGUUAUGGAUUGAUCAGAAGUCUACUAGCUAAGCAGAUGAUGGAUGACAUUUGAUGUCUAUAGUUGAAUUAUUAAUAAUAAACUGAAUGUAACACUCUGAUUAUUGGUUGAAGCACUUAUUGGCAGCCAUCAAUAAAAGUAUUGAGAAACUGA